GUGGUGUCAACUCAGUGGGCAGGAGCUGUUUCACCUGGCCCAAGAUCGACAGGUAUGGAAAAAUCUGAUCCCAUAAAAUGGUUGGCCCCAACGGGCGUUAAGCCUAAGGGACAUGAUGAUGGUGAUGAUGAUUCAUUUACAUUAAAUACAAUUUGUUUUUCUAUCAAGACACUAACCAGAUUAUCUAUUAAUAAAAAUGAGAUUAGAAAUGAAGGUGCGCGAUAUCUUGCUGCCGCUCUAAGAGUGAAUACGACACUUCAAAAGUUGAAUUUAUCUGACAAUCCAAUAAAUUUUUUGGCAGAUGAAGAUCUCCUCAAGAACAGAAUUACACGAUGA